AUGGAGAAGAGAACAGCGCCCUCGUCGAGCAGCAUCAUACAGUACUAUACCGUGACAGACCGACUGCAACUGGGACAGCAAAGUGUGUCGUUCUUCAACUUCUAUUGACGGAAGAAAAAAAGCUUUUUUUGUGUGUCCUUUGACGGACGUGAUGAGCGGCAGGGUUGGCGACCUCAGCCCGAAGCAGGCUGGUGCAUUGGAAGAGGUGAAUAUCUGUAUUGUAGGCUACGUUUCUGUAUAUGUGUGGCAAUUGUUUGUGUUUGUCGAUGUGACUGACAAUCGUCGACGCUGUUGAGAAAAGUAACAUCUGGAACCUUCAUAUCUUUCCCACCAAGGCAAGCCUGUUUACAGAUUGUUGGCUGCAGUCCUCGUGCAAGGUUAUCUGUAGAAAACAUAUGGCUACAGUUAAUUGUAACUACCAAUAGAAUAUUAUUUCAUCAUGUCGUUCUCCCUGGAGUUUCUCUGUAAGGGCGUUUUCACACACAGUUCUGAGCUAUAGGCCUAGUUUUUAAUUUGGUUUCACAUUGGCAAACGUCAAACUAAAAUGCCUAAAGAAAAACCACGUGUUCGUGCAAGUCAUUUGUUUAUUGGAGAAGAAUGCUCACGUUAAAUCAAUCUAUGAUGAUCAAAAAGCGUAACUGCUGUGUCCCAAACUUCAUAUUACUUUUACCUUGGUCUUCCAACAACAUGCAGGAGAAACAGCGCAAAAGCUGCUCCAACUGCGACGUGAAUAGGCUAUAAUUCCCGACCCUAAUCUGCAUCGCCUGCGCACGUAAAUGCGCUGCUACUCACAGAGAUAUCAAAUUACUGUUGGGAGUGUAGGCGAGAGCACCGAGGUCAAAUUAGUUUCAUAUUGGAUAUUCGAUUUUCUGUCGCCAAUAGCUAUUGAACCAACCAUGCCAUGACUAUGAACAUAUCUGAGAAUACUCUCUAGUGGACUUAUUAUUAUGAUUUAUAACCUAUGAUUGAAAAGAGGCAUUUCCCUCAGAAGUCACACUAUUGAAUUUAUUUUGACCUAUGCGCUUUGUUUAAUGUGUAAGAAUAGAUUAACUUCCACACAGACUUUGAGGUGGCUUGCAUGUGAUUUUAGACAAGUGUCAGUGAUUUUCUUAUAACAAUUAAUUUCAUAUAAUGUGCUUUCAUUCAUUUCUACAACUAAACACUUGUCCAUCACUAACACACCUUUGGCCUCUCUCUCUCUCUCUCUCUCUCUCUCUCUCUCUCUCUCACUGCCACCCCAUUUCAUCCUUGGGCAGUUUCGAGAGAGGAUUCAGGACGUUCUUCCUCUACUUCCUGCUCAUCAUGACCACUUCCUGUUGCGCUGGCUCAGAGGUGAGGCAAACUAAAGUUGGUGGGAGACUGAGGCUAACUAUAACCGCCUGUAUCUUCAUCAUGGCAUGGUGGUAAGCUUGGAGUUGGAAUAAUAUAAUAUUCUGCUAUGUGAGCUGUAAGGCUGUUAAUAAGACCAUGCUUGGCUAUGGACAAACUCUCAGGUCUAGCUGGGUUACUGGGAUAGGCUACUGAAGAGGUCACAUUGAUGGUCACAUUGAACACGCAGGCACAGAGAUUGUAUUUUCAACGGAACAAUUUAUGCAGUGGAAACCUGUAUUUCUCCAUAGUUUUGCAACACAGAAGUAACCAACAGCUUUUCAAAUAGUAACCGACCUUUAGGGAACUUACAACACUUGCAUACGGUAAAUGCCUUCAGUUGUCGGUUGGGGGUUGGGGGGAAGAUUUAGAGAAAGAGAGAAACAAUUUAGAAACCAAGCUGUUUAGCUUGGACAUGGAUGUUGUUAGAGUGGUCUGUAGUCGAGUGACAGGUUGUAGUAACACAGAUAGUGACAGGUUGUAGCAACACAGAGAGUGACAGGUUAUAGUAACACAGAGAGUGACAGGUUAUAGCAACACAGAGAGUGACAGGUUGUAGUAACACAGAGAGUGACAGGUUGUAGCAACACAGAGAGGGACAGGUUGUAGUAACACAGAGAGUGACAGGUUAUAGCAACACAGAGAGUGACAGGUUGUAGCAACACAGAGAGUGACAGGUUAUAGCAACACAGAGAGUGACAGGUUGUAGCAACGCAGAGAGUGACAGGUUGUAGUAACGCAGAGAGUGACAGGUUGUAGCAACACAGAUAGUGACAGGUUGUAGCAACACAGAUAGUGACAGGUUGUAGCAACACAGAGAGUGACAGGUUGUAGCAACACAGAGAGUGACAGGUUGUAGUAACACAGAGUGACAGGUUGUAGCAACACAGAGAGUGACAGGUUAUAGCAACACAGAGAGUGACAGGUUAUAGCAACACAGAGAGUGACCUGGUUAUAGCAACACAGAGAGUGACAGGUUGUAGCAACACAGAUAGUGACAGGUUGUAGCAACACAGAGAGUGACAGGUUGUAGCAACACAGAGAGUGACAGGUUGUAGUAACACAGAGUGACAGGUUGUAGCAACACAGAGAGUGACAGGUUGUAGUAACACAGAGAGGGACAGGUUGUAGCAACACAGAGAGUGACAGGUUGUAGUAACACAGAGAGUGACAGGUUAUAGCAACACAGAGAGUGACAGGUUAUAGCAACACAGAGAGUGACAGGUUGUAGCAACACAGAGAGUGACAGGUUAUAGUAACACAGAGAGUGACAGGUUAUAGCAACACAGAGAGUGACAGGUUAUAGUAACACAGAGAGUGACAGGUUAGAGCAACACAGAGAGUGACAGGUUGUAGCAACACAGAGAGUGACAGGUUGUAGCAACACAGAGAGUGACAGGUUGUAGCAACACAGAGAGUGACAGGUUGUAGCAACACAGAGAGUGACAGGUUGUAGCAACACAGAGAGUGACAGGUUGUAGCAACACAGAGAGUGACAGGUUGUAGCAACACAGAGAGUGACAGGUUGUAGCAACACAGAGAGUGACAGGUUGUAGCAACCCAGAGAGGGACAGGUUGUAGUAACACAGAGAGGGACAGGUUGUAGCAACACAGAGAGGGACAGGUUUGUAACACAGAGAGUGACAGGUUUAGUAACACAGAGAGGGACAGGUUGUAGCAACACAGAGAGUGACAGGUUAUAGCCAGGACACACAGAGAGUGACAGGUUAUAGCAACACAGAGAGGUGAAGGUUGUAGUAAACACAGAGAGUGACAGGUUGUAGCAACACAGAGAGGGAAGGGUUGUAGUAACACAGAGAGGGACAGGUUGUAGCAACACAGAGAGUGACAGGUUGUAGUAACACAGAGAGGGACAGGUUGUAGCAACGCAGAGAGUGACAGGUUGUAGUAACACAGAGAGGGAAAGGUUGUAGUAACACAGAGAGGGACAGGUUGUAGUAACACAGAGAGGGACAGGUUAUAGUAACACAGAGAGGGACAGGUUGUAGCAACACAGAGAGUGACAGGUUAUAGCAACACAGAGAGUGACAGGUUAUAGCAACACAGAUAGUGACAGGUUGUAGCAACACAGAGAGGGACAGGUUGUAGUAACACAGAGAGUGACAGGUUGUAGUAACACAGAGAGGGACAGGUUGUAGCAACACAGAGAGGGACAGGUUAUAGCAACACAGAUAGUGACAGGUUGUAGCAACACAGAUAGUGACAGGUUGUAGCAACACAGAGAGUGACAGGUUGUAGCAACACAGAGAGUGACAGGUUGUAGUAACACAGAGUGACAGGUUGUAGCAACACAGAGAGUGACAGGUUAUAGCAACACAGAGAGUGACAGGUUAUAGCAACACAGAGAGUGACCUGGUUAUAGCAACACAGAGAGUGACAGGUUGUAGCAACACAGAUAGUGACAGGUUGUAGCAACACAGAGAGGGACAGGUUGUAGCAACACAGAGUGACAGGUUUGUAGUAACACAGAGUGACAGGUUGUAGCAACACAGAGAGUGAACAGGUUGUAGUAACACAGAGAGGGACAGGUUGUAGCAACACAGAGAGUGACAGGUGUAGUAACACAGGAGUGACAGGUUGUAGCAACACAGAGAGUGACAGGUUAUAGCAACACAGAGAGUGACAGGUUGUAGCAAACACAGAGAGUGACAGGUUAUAGCAACACAGAGAGUGACAGGUUAUAGCAACACAGAGAGUGACAGGUUGUAGCAACACAGAGAGUGACAGGUUGUAGCAACACAGAGAGUGACAGGUUGUAGCAACACAGAGAGUGACAGGUUGUAGCAACACAGAGAGUGACAGGUUGUAGUAACACAGAGAGUGGACAGGUUGUAGCAACACAGAGAGUGACAGGUUGUAGCAACACAGAGAGUACGGUUAGCACACGAGGUGAGCAGGUAUAACACAGAGAGUGACAGGUUGUAGCAACACAGAGAGUGACAGGUUGUAGAACACAGAGAGUGACAGGUUAUAGCAACACAGAGAGUGACAGGUUUAGUAACACAGAGAGUGACAGGUUAGUAGCAACCACAGGAGAGGGACAGGUUGUAGCAACACAGAGAGGUGACAGGUUGUAGCAACACAGAGAGUGACAGGUUGUAGCAACACAGAGAGUGACAGGUUGUAGCAACCAGAGAGUGACAGGUUGUAGCAACACAGAGAGUGACAGGUUUGUAGCAAACAAGAGAGGAAGGUUGUAGCAACACAGAGAGUGACAGGUUGUAGCAACCCAGAGAGGGACAGGUUGUAGUAACACAGAGAGGGACAGGUUGUAGCAACACAGAGAGGGACAGGUUGUAGUAACACAGAGAGUGACAGGUUAUAGUAACACAGAGAGGACAGGUUGUAGCAACACAGAGAGUGACAGGUUAUAGCAACACAGAGAGUGACAGGUUAUAGCAACACAGAGAGUGACAGGUUGUAGUAACACAGAGAGUGACAGGUUGUAGCAACACAGAGAGGGAGAGGUUGUAGUAACACAGAGAGGGACAGGUUGUAGCAACACAGAGAGUGACAGGUUGUAGUAACACAGAGAGGGACAGGUUGUAGCAACGCAGAGAGUGACAGGUUGUAGUAACACAGAGAGGGAAAGGUUGUAGUAACACAGAGAGGGACAGGUUGUAGUAACACAGAGAGGGACAGGUUAUAGUAACACAGAGAGGGACAGGUUGUAGCAACACAGAGAGUGACAGGUUAUAGCAACACAGAGAGUGACAGGUUAUAGCAACACAGAUAGUGACAGGUUGUAGCAACACAGAGAGGGACAGGUUGUAGUAACACAGAGAGUGACAGGUUGUAGUAACACAGAGAGGGACAGGUUGUAGCAACACAGAGAGGGACAGGUUAUAGCAACACAGAGAGGGAGAGGUUGUAGUAACACAGAGAGGGAGAGGUUGUAGUAACACAGAGAGGGACAGGUUGUAGUAACACAGAGAGUGACAGGUUGUAGUAACACAGAGAGGGACAGGUUGUAGUAACACAGAGAGUGACAGGUUGUAGCAACACAGAGAGGGAGAGGUUGUAGUAACACAGAGAGGGACAGGUUGUAGCAACACAGAGAGGGACAGGUUAUAGCAACACAGAGAGGGACAGGUUAUAGCAACACAGAGAGGGAGAGGUUGUAGCAACACAGAGAGGGAGAGGUUGUAGUAACACAGAGAGUGACAGGUUGUAGCAACACAGAGAGGGAGAGGUUGUAGUAACACAGAGAGGGAGAGUAUUGUUUGUAUUCUUUAGUUCUUUAGUAUUUUACAUUUGUGUGACUGUCAUUUUCUGUUAGUGUACCAGUGUUUUGUUACUUGUCAUGUUUUGUGUUUGUGGACCCCAGGAAGAGUAGCUGCUGCUUGUUCUAGAUGGGACUGGACUGAACUCACACAGGCUCUCAGUGAAUCAUUGUUAUCAUUGUUAUCUAGGGCAAAGCACAUUAAACCUGUAAAACAGGUUUCAAGGGAGAGAGGGCAAUUAUCAUGGUUCACUGAUGUUCUUUAAAAGCUGAGCGAUCCCAUGGCACUUAUCGUAAGAGUAGGGGUGUUAACCCCCGGUGUCCUGGCUAAAUUCCCAAUCUGGCCCUCAUACCAUCAUGGCUACCUAAUCAUCGCCAUUUUACAAUUGGCUCAUUCAUCCCCCCCUCCUCUCCCCUGUAACUAUUCCCCAGGUCGUUGCUGUAAAUGAGAAUGUGUUCUCAGCCAACUUACCUGGUAAAAUAAGGGUUAAAAAGAGUGGAAGGACAUUUGAAUCCAAGGCAAAUUAUUGCACCAGUCACCUGCUGCUGUGUGAAAGAGCCAUGACAUGGGAAAUCAAUGUGACGUUUUGUUUAGAGAAUAAAGAUGUUUUAUUUAUUUUUUAUUUAACCUUUAUUUAACUAGGCAAGAUAUGCAGCUGUGUUACUGUAGACUUCAUCCAACAGAUUUCAGGGGACAGACACUAUUGUGACUCGUGUGACAGAAACACAGGGUGAACCCAGAGGUCGUUGACCUUCUUCGUCUUCGUCUUCUUCUUCUUCUUCUUCUUCUUCUUCUUCUUUCUUUUCUUUUCUUUUCUUUUUCUUUUUCUUCGUCUUCGUCUUCGUCUUUUUCUUCUUCUUUUCUUCUUCUUCUUCUUCUUCUUCUUCUUCUUCUUUGUCUUCGUCUUCUUCUUCUUCUUCUUCUUCUUCCACGCAAACAUUGAACAAGUCUGGCUUUGCAUAGCAACAUCACUCAGAGGUAAUGGUCAGUGAUGUGUCUGUCUAGACCAGGUAUGGGCAACUGGGCAACUGGCCCACGGCCCCCCAUUUAUAGGCCUGUGGAUCUAAAUGUAAAUCGUUACAGCUACUAGUGCUGAGCGAUUUGUGCUUUUUUAGGUUAGUUCGGCUUCGUUUUGAUUAUACAAAAAAUAAUCACGGUUUUCAAUUUCUGUUUCAGGUUUUUUUUUAUACAUUAAAUGCACUAUGCAUUAUGUGGGUUGAAUGCUGUAACGACACAGAAUAAAGUAAUUAAUAAAGUCCCAUGAUGGUAGUGACUGUCCAUUAUGUUUAUUACUUAUUAACCUUCACAUUACUUUACUUUAAUCAAAUAUUUCAGUUGUUGUGUAUAUUACAUUUGUUUUAUUUGAUGACUUUAAUUCCAAGUCAUCAUCAAAUCUCUGCUGCCUAUGCUGUCUGACAAAAUCACUAUUUUUUUCAAAGUAAAUAAGGCAUACUUUUAUAACUGCUGAAUACUAACUAUCAAUGGGCGGAUCACUUUUGUCAAGUCGCCUUUCAAAGUGUGUUGCAUUAUGGGGAUAAAAAUUGUCCGACUUGCGCCUACAUGUCGACUGCAUGAACUUUACAAAAAUCAUGUGAUCAAAGGAACAUUUAGUUUUGACUGCAAGUUUCUACAGUUGCUCUUCACCAGCUUCACCCUGCAGGCUUCGCCAGCAUUAUGGGUAGCUCUAUUGUCAACCCAUCAUUAGGGUGGUUUUGUUUGACCCACAGGAACAUGACCAAAGAUGUCACUCAAACAGGAACCAACUUUGUCGCAAUUCAUGUAUACAGUGGAUAUGUACAAAUGAAUGUGAUAUUUGAGUCUCUCUCUCUCUCUCACCAAUUGAUUGUACUAUACACACACAUAUUUUCAGGUUGUGAGUGUUUGAUAUGGGGUUGGAGACAUGUUUAUUCUGACAUUAAAGAAAUAAAGAAACACUUUUAUAACACUGAGCCUUGCCGUUGGAACACCAUAUCAGUGUCUGUCACAGAUGCACCUCCCCUGACUUCACUCCUAGACCUUUGUCUACAGUUGGUUGCUUUCGCCUUACCACUCAAAGGAGCCCAGUCACUUAGAUCAUGUAUUUUCCAGUAGAGACCGAGAAAAACAAAUUGGUACAAUUUAAGGCCGGGUGGUGGACAAUGGUGCAGGCACCGGGAAUGGGGGUGUGAGCGUGUGGGUCUGGGUAGGUGGGAUGUGGUCGUCGUCUGUGAGUUGUUUGUGUGUAUCGGUUUGUAUCUGGAGUGGGAAAAAAUUUAAUAAAUGGGGGGAGAAAAAAAGGAAUUUAAAUAAUUGAAUUGACAUCAGUCAAUUAGUUGUUUAAUAACCAACAUUUCGGUUAAUCGCUCAGCACUAAUAGUUACCUGUCAAAAAUAGUAAUCAUGAAAACGUUACUUUUGGAUUACCCAGACUCAGUAACGUAAUCUGAUUACUUUCAGAUACUUUUAGAGGACUUUCCCCUUAAGAGGCAUUAGAAUAACAUAAAAAUAUAUAUAUUACCAAUAGAACAACGUCUAAUGCAGGAUAAAUCAAUGUUAGCGUUUACAUAGCUGGCCAUAAAUGGAUGUUGCAUUUUACUUUAUGGGUUAUUUAAGCUUCAUACCUAUUGCUUUCUACUUCAACACAGAUAAUGAUACGAUUAGGCUCCAUCUUCACAUGAAAAACCCAAGUCUGUCAGAUUUCAAGUCAUUCCAAUUCAUUAACUACCCCUUGUUCUUCAAGAAUAGGACUUGGAAAUAUAGAUUAGUCAAGUUGUUUUACCUGAACAUAACCCAAAAACGAAGGACUUAUUAGCCUACUCUGUUAUGUUUAUUCUGUCGUCAUGGAGAUUGGGCUCAUUGUUUUGAGUUUAAAAAAUAAAUGCUGCUCUUAUGGAAUGACAUGCUUUGAGCACUAUCGAGAAGUGCUAUUUGCAUGUGAAAAAAUGUAUGCCAUAUGCUGCAUUUGCUAUAGGCCUUUUGUUUAAGUUUUUGUUGGUGACACUUUGAUAUCUCAAUUAUUUGCAGCUGUUUAGGUCUAUCAAAAGUGUGCAAGUUAGAGCAUGUAUCCGUUAGGCCUAUGGACUUUUUUUUGAACCAGCACAAAUUAGAUUACGCAAUAAAAGCCUCACUCGUGGUCUUCUUAAAUUAAAACUAGUUUUUGACAGUAUGUAUGGAGCACAAAACCACGGAGGAGUUUAGAAAGAGAGGAACUCCCUCAAACUUCUGUUCCAUUGGCUGAGAUCUGCACUAUGCAGCUGUUGCAAGAGCACAUUUUCACUGGCUGUCAACUGGUCGCGAUAACAAUGAUUUAUAUGCAGCUUAAACUUCAAUUUGUCACGAUCGUUGGUUAGAGAGGACCAAGGCGCAGCGUGUUGAGCGAACAUACUUUAAUAGUAAAGUGCAAACACGAAUACAAAACAAUAAACGAUACGUAACGUCCUCAGACAAUGACUGACAAGGAACAAAAACCCACAAACACAAGGUGAAAACAGACAUUAUAAAUAUGGCUCCCAAUCAGAGACAACGAGCCAAACAGCUGACACUCGUUACCUCUGAUUGGGAGUCACUCAUCCAAACAAAGAAAUACAACCACAUAGAACAACCCAACCAAACAGAACACAACGAAACGAACACACCCUGGCUCAACAUACAAAGUCCCGGAGCCAGAGCGUGACACAAUUCAACCAUUAUUGGGUUAAAAUACACCUACUGUAUACAUUUGUGAACAGCCAUCUACAACAACCUCGAGUAAGGUGUAAAUAAAUGAGGGAGCAGCAGGAUUCACAUCAUUGAUAUGGAGAUAUCAAUAAUAGUCAAAGUGAUAUCUAACGCCUCUAGGCUACACCAUUGUGUAAUGAAAACUCAGGGAGAAAAAGGUGUAGAUUCACGCAGAGCGCGGCAGGAAUCGUGGUCACAGGCAGGCAAUGGUCAUACACAGGAAGGCAAAUCAAAACUAGGACUGAAGACUAUUACUGGUUCUCACAAACAAGCUAUGAAAAGGCUUAGUAGAGUCAAAACGAACAAUACCUCACAAGGCACAAACAGAAAGAACUGAACUAAAUAAGGAGCUGAUGAGACCAGGUGAGUAACUAACACAGGUGAAAUCAAUGAACAAAAAUGAAAGACAGGGCUACGUUCAAGAACACAAGAUUGACUAAGAAAAUACAAAACCUUACAGUACCCCCCCCCCCCCCAGGGAGGCUCCUGACAACCCAACGGCACCGGAGGGUGGAGUUGGCGUUUGGGGGAGCAGAGGCGGCCGCCUACCUCGGGGGCGAGGUCCGGCAGGCUGGUUCGACACGGUCGUGGACUGACCUGAUGUUCUGCGUCGAGGCUGAUGUCCAGUGGGUCUGUUCGGGGGUCGACCCCGAGGACGGUUAUAAUAAUAAUAAUAUGCCAUUUAGCAGACGCUUUUAUCCAAAGCGACUUACAGUCAUGCGUGCAUACAUUUUUGUGUAUGGGUGGUCCCGGGGAUCGAACCCACUACCUUGGCGUUACAAGCGCCGUGCUCUACCAGCUGAGCUACAGAGGACCAUGGUGGAAUGCCUGAAUUAUCUCUGGGCCGUGGAUGUCCUGGUCAGGGAUCCUAGACCGGUCUUCAGGCCCAUAACCUUCCCAGUCCACUAGAUAGUGGAUGCGACCGUUCAGGCGUUUGGAAUCAAGGAUGGCCUGAAUGGCGUAGGCAGGUUCCCCUCCGAUGUCCAACGGUGGGGGCACACUGCGGGUUGAGACUGGAGGAUGAAGAGGACUGUAGGUGACUGGUUUUAACAGAGACACAUGGAAGGACAAGGAGAUUUUAUGCUGACGGGGUAAUUGGGGGCGGUACGUGACAGGGUUGAUGCGAUGGGUUAUCUUGAAGGGACCAAUGAAGCGAGGACAGAACUUUGCAGGGGAGGCGGAGCCGGAUGUCUCUGGUAGAGAGCCACACACGCUGUCCGGGGUGAAAGAGUGGCGUAGGUCGGCGGCGUCUGUCGGCAAAGCGUUUCUGGGGGUUGGUAACCAAGGACACACUGAAACGGAGUAAGGCGGAGGGAUGAAGGCAUGAGUGAGUUCUGAGCGUAUUCGGCCCAGGCCAUAUACCAACUCCAGUCGUGUGGAGAGGCAGAACAUUGUUGGCGGAGGUACUUCCCUAUUUCUUGGUUCAGGCGUUCCGUCUGCCCAUUGGUCUGGGGAUGGAACCCGGAGGAGAGGCUGAGGGCGACCCCCAGUCGGUCACAGAAGGCUCGCCACACCCGGGAGACAAACUGGGGCCCGCAGUCAGAGACGAUGUCCUCCGGAAUCCCAUACAGACGGAACACCUGCUGGAACAUACACUCAGCCAAUUCCAUGGUGUUUGGUAAAUGAGGAAGAGGAACCAGACGACACAUUUUUGAAAAACGGUCUACUAUGACAAGGAUGGUGGUGUUACCAGAGGAUUCAGGAAGGUCUGUGAUGAAGUCAACAGCUAUGUGGGACCAGGGUCUGUGAGGGAUUGGCAAAGGUUGAAGCUUACCGGAAGGGAGAUGACGAGGGCUUUUGUUUUGGGCGCAGACUGGACAGGAGAGUACGUAAUCCCUUACGUCGGAUGCCAGUGAGGACCACCAGAAUUUACGGGCUAGAAGUUUGGUGGUUCGUGUAAUGCCCGGAUGUCCUAACCCCAAGGAUGUGUGACACCAUUGCAUCAGUUGGGGUCUAACAGCUGCUGGUACGUAACUCUUCCCAGCUGGUGUCUCAGGAGGAGCUGGGUUUGAGGUUAGGGCUAUUUGUAUGGCAGAGUGAACCUCCCACAGUACCGGUCCCAUAAUGCAAGAGGAAGGAAGAAUGGGUGUAGGGUCUAAGUUACUGGUCGGAAGGUCAAACUGGCGGGAGAGAGCAUCAGCUUUUACGUUGAUCUUUCCAGGGAUGUAAGUAACAUGAAAAUGGAAGCAUGUGAAGAAGAGAGCCCAGCAGGCUUGUCUGGAGUUUAACCUCAUGGCCCCUCUGAUAUAUUCCAGAUUACGAUGAUCUGUUAGGAUGAGAAAGGGAUGUUGUGCGCCAUCCAACCAGUGGCGCCACUCCUCGAGGGCCAGCUUGAUGGCGAGGAGUUCUCUGUUCCCCACAUCGUAAUUCCUCUCAGCGGAGGAUAACUUCCCGGAGAAGAAGGCACAGCGAUGUGAUUUUGGAGGUGUUCACACCCACUGAGAGAGUAUGGCUCCUACACCUACUUCGGAGGCAUCCACCUCCAGGGUGAUAGGAAGGGUCGGAUCAGGUUGGCGAAGGACAGGAGCUGAGGUAAAGAGGCGUUUCAAGGUGUUGAAAGCAGUCAGUGCGGUAUCAGUCCAUUGAAGGGUCCUUUGGCUGGUAAGGGCAGUGAGGGGAGUGGCAGUAGAACUGAAGUUCCGAAUUAACCGGCGAUAGAAGUUGGAGAACCCAAUGAAACGUUGGAGUUCCUUAAGGAUGGUGGGUUUGGGCCAGUUACUGACGGCGGUGACUUUGUUCUCAUCCAUGCUGACCCCUCCAGGUGUCAGUACGAAACCGAGGAAGUUUACCGAGGUACAUGGAAGGUGCUCUUUUCAGUCUUCACAUAAAAGUUAUGGUCAAGGAGCCGUUGAAGAACCCUUUGUACAUGCUGUAUGUGUUCCUUCAGGGAGUGGGAGUAAAUCAGGAUGUCAUCAAUGUAGACGAUGAGAAAGCGGUUGAUCACAUCAUGGAAAACCUAGUUCCUAAAGGAUUGGAAGACGGCGGGGCGUUAGUAAGGCCGUAGGGCAUGACCAGGUAUUCGUAGUGCCCUCGUGCGGUGAUAAAGGCUGUCUUCCAUUCGUCACCUUCACGUAUACGGACAAGGUUAUAUGCACUUCGCAGGUCAAGUUUUGUAUAGAUGUUGGCGCGGCCCACUUGUUCAAGGGUCACUGGGAUCAGAGGAAGAGGGAAACGGUUCUUGACCGUGACGUCAUUCAGGGAACGGUAAUCAAUACAUGAACGGAGACCACCGUCCUUUUUUCCAAUGAAGAAGAAGCUGGACGCAGCCGGGGAAGAAGAAGGACGACGAAUGAAACCGUUUGCGUGUUUCACCAAUGUCGUUCUCCAUUGCCUCAUUUUCCGGGAUAGAUAGGGGGUAAACACGGCCCUUCGGUGGGGACACUCCAGGGAGUAAGUCAAUAGCACAGUCCCCUGGGCGAUGUGGUGGCAGAGUGGAGGCUUUGAUUUUGCUGAAGACAUUGCUGUACUGGGCGUAUUCAGAUGGUAUAGUGGGUGGCACUGCAGAGGCAGAGUCCUCAAUGGUGGUGGCUCUGCAGGGUAGGCUGAGACAACUGGUGAAGCAGGUAGAAGACCAGGACAGUAGUUCAGAAUUGGGCUGCCUGUCUAAAUGCAGCCGUUGUGUAUUGACCAUUCAGAGCUGAUUGUGUUCUGUGGGUGUUACUGAGUAGGCUGAUAACCCAUUUCAUGGAUGCACAGUCCAUAGGUUAGGCUGUAAAGUGCAACUUGAAUAUUCAAUAUGCACAAUAUGCUGACUGGGAAGUGAUUUCCUAACAGUCAAAGUCCUGCAAUAAGAGCAUUACAGUGCAACCAUUUUACCCUCAUAUAAACCUUAAGUAUUUUGCUGUGUGACCUGGAAUUUUGAUAUUAGGACCACCAGUGCGCUAGAUAAAUUACGGAUUUUAGCUUUAUAACCUGAAAUAUUUUUCAUGUGCUCCUAAAGUUAUUUGUGUGCGCCUACAUUUUUCACCUUAAGCACACGUGCUCCUUUUAAAAAAGGUCCGCUUUAGAGCCCUGAAGAGCUAAGACAAGGGGUUGGAACCUCAUUUAUUUUCCAGUCGUUUCGUUCUGAAUAGAACCAUAAUUUUCCCCCAAAAAGUACAGGUUUAUAUCAUUCCUUUAUGUUCCUUUUUAAACCUCUGAAAUCACUUUUUUUUUUACAUUUAGGUCGACAUUAAAUGACUUCACCAAUCAGUGGAUAGAGCAGCUUGCUAUAUGGAGCGGGCAAGCUAUAGCCUAGUUGUUUACGUGUGCGAUGGACAGAGUGUAGGGCGCGAGAUGUGACUGACAUUUUGCUGGUGGGGAGAGAGGGUGGAGGAGGAGGCUUGGCUUGAAGCGCUGGGUAUCUUGUUAUGACAUGCCUUAUCUGAAUUAGGCCCCACAGAAUUAUACCUAGUGCGGCUUCUAUCGAGGAACUUUUAAUGUCUUUGAAAUUCAGAGAUUUGGCUUAAUGUUGGACCAUGUUUUGUUGUGUUACAGCCUGAAUUCAAAAUGGAUAAAAAAAAAAAAAAGUCUCACCCAUCUACACACAAGACCCCAUAAUGACAAGGUGAAAACAUGUUUUUAGAAAUUCUUGCAGAUUAUUGAAAAUGAAAUACAGAAAUAUCUAAUUUACAUAAGGCUUCACACCCCUGAGUCAAUACAUGUUAGAAUCACCUUUGGCAGUAAUUACAGCUGUGAGUCUUUCUGGGUAAGUCUCGAAGAGCUUUCCACACCUGGAUUGUGCAACAUUUGCCCAUUAUUAUUUUCAAAAUUCUUCAAGCUCAAAUUAGUUGUUGAUCAUUGCUAGACAACCAUUUUCAGGUCUUGCCAUACAUUGUCAAGUAGAUUUAAGUCAAAAUGGUAACUCCGCCACUCAAGAACAUUCACUGUCUUCUUGGUAAGCAACUCCAGUGUAGAUUUGGCCUUGUGUUUUAGGUGAUUGUCCUGCUGAAAGGUGAUUUCAUCUCCCAGUGUCUGGUGGAAAGCAGACUGAACCAGGUUUUCCUCUAGGAUUUUGCCUGUGCUUAGCUCUAUUGCAUUUAUUUUUUAUCCUGAAAAACUCCCCAGUCCUUAACGAUUACAAGCAUACCCAUAACAUGAUGCAGCCACUACUAUGCUUGAAAAUAUGGAGAGUGGUACUCAGUAAUGUGUUGUAUUGGAUUUUCCCCAAACAUAACACUUUGUAUUCAGGAUAAAAAGUGAAUUGCUUUGCAACACUUUUUGCAGUAUUACUUUGGUGCCUUGUUGCAAACAGGAUGCAUGCUUUGGAAUACUUCGAUUUUGUACAGGCUUCCUUCUUUUCAUUCUGUCGAUUAGGUUAGUAUUGUGGAGUAACUACAAUGUUGUUGAUCCAUCCUCAGUUUUCUCCUAUCACAGCCAUUCAACUCUGUAACUGUUUUAAAGUCACCAUUGGCCUCAUGGUAAAAUCCCUGAGCGGUUUCCUUCCUCUCCGGCAACUGAGUUAGGAAGGACGCCUUUAUCUUUGUAGUGACAGGGUGUAUUUAUACACCAUCCAAAGUGUAAUUAAUAACUUCACCAUGCUCAAAGGGAUAUUCAAUGUCUGCUUUUUUUAUUUUUAUUUUUAUUUUUUUAUCCAUCUACCAAUAGGUGCCCCUUCUUUGUGAGGUAUUGGAAAACCUCCCUGGUCUUUGUGGUUGAAUCUGUGUUUGUAAUUCACUCGUCAACUGAGGGACCUUACAGAUAAUAGCAUUUGUGGGGUACAGAGAUGAGGUAGUCAUUCAAAAAUCAUGUUAAACACUAUUAUUGCAAUAUAGGGAAUAGCAUGCCAUUUGGGACACAGCCAGUGACUGACCGCUGCUGUCAGCUGGCCACUUAAUCACCUUAGCUAGAGUAUUAGAUAGGCUGCUUAGCGUCCCCUCCUCUCCCUUCUAGGUCAGUACUUCUGGGUCAGUACUUCUGGGUCAGUACUGAACAGUGCUGCUACUGUAAGAGGGAGGUCUGAUGUAAGGUUUUGGCACACAGUGGAAGGAAGCCUCAGGCAAGCGACUGGCUGCUUUUAAUCUCUUAAAGGACCCUUCAAGCUGGAAUCCUUCAUGGUGAAACAGCCACGUCUGUUUGCAAUAUUACAACAACAAAGAAGUUACUGCAAACAACCAACACUGUUUUUUCCCCUCUGAUCAUUGCACAAGCGAUAGAAGAGCACAAGAUGUGCAGCAAUUGUUUUUAUCGCGAUGCUGCUCAGCUUGGCAACAAAAACAAUAACAAUGGUGGUGGGGCGGCCAUUGGUGCGGAUUCCCAUCUUUAAUGGAGGCUAGUUAUAGUCUGUUGUCAUGGUGACACCACCAGCCCUGCCCUGCUCAUUGGCUGAAACCCGGAGUGAGGAAUAAAUGCAAUGUCCGGGUAUAUAAAGAGAGAUGGAAACCAGGAUGUCAGCCAAUUCUAAUUGAAGACAGUCCGUUCAGGAAGUAAACUAAAAUUACAAUUCAAUCAUCGAAAAAAUGACAUUUAUUUUCAAUGACUUCGCAAUAAAUUGAAAAGUAGAAGCUAUUUAUUUCAAAAGGUUUUACAUUUCUGAAUGUAAAAUUCAAAUCACUUCCUGAAUGGACUGCCUUCAAUUUAAAUUAGGCCCAACCCCUGAUGGAAACGAAUACUAUACAGUCACACAGUCGCAGCCAGGGUUGACCGAGUCAGGGUGCGUCCCAAAUGCCACACUAUUCCCUCUUUUGUGCACUACUUUUGACCAGAGCCCAUAAGUAGUCAACUAAAUAUGGAAAAGGGGGCUAUUUUGGACGCAACCAGUGCCUUUCGUUGUCUUCUCAUGAAUGAAAAGGGGACUUGGGGUCAUUUCCUGUUUGUUUGCUAGUAGUUAUCUGUUGAUAAUGUUUUUAGUUGUGGAGGAAAAAGAUGCUCUGUGUUUCUCAAAUAGACAUGUCCCUCAGAUGUUACAUGUUGAAUAACAGCACACACACACACACACACACACACACACACACACACACACACACACAUACACUCACACAAACACACACACAAACACACACUCACUCACUCACUCACUCACACACACACACACACACAUGCACGAACACACACACACUCACACACACACAAACACACAAACACACAUGCACGAACACACACACGAACACACACACAAACACACAAACACAUACACACUCACUCACUCACACACACACACAUACAUGCACAAACACACACACACACACACACACAAACACACAAACACAUACACAUACACACUCACACACAAACACACACACACACACACACACACACACACACACACACACAAACACACAAACACACACACAAACACACACCCAAUCACCAUCAGCUGUAAUCUACAACCAUAGCUAUUAUUCACACCCACUCUCUCCUCUCUCGUUAAUAAUAAUAAUAAUAAUUCUCUCCUCUCUCUUUCUCUCUCCUCUCUCUCCUCUCUCUUUCUCUCUCCCCCUUCUCUUUCACCUCUCAGCCAGGAACUUCAAUGUCAACAAAUCAGAGGCCAUGCUGAGAAAGGUAACCCUCCCAGUCUACCCCGCUCCUCUCCUAUGUUAUUUUAAUUGAAACACGUAGCUAUAUGACUAUUGUAUAUCUGUUGUAUAUUUUCAUUGGUACCAUUAGACUAGCCCUAGUGUGACCAAUGGUUUGUCCAGCCAGUCUCACACAAGUCAUCUGAAAUAAUGUGGGGGAAAGCCCAUGGAAAAUAUCAGGGAUUUGUGUCACUUAAAAGUGCUGCUUACAAAAUGGCAUUUAGCCUAAUCCGUAACGUUCAUCCGAUUUAAACAAUUCAGCCAAGCCCACUGUACCAUUAUGUCAUGUGGUAUUUGAUAUCCCUUUCAUGCUGAUGGGGGUAUUUAUGCAGGUAUUAGUCACUCUGGCAGUCUAAACCUACUGAUCCAUUUAACUCACUAUGCUCACUGUCCUCCUGACACACACAAACCUGUGUCUGUGUGAGCGUGUGUGUAAGAGAGAGGGACAGAGGAGGGGAGAGAAGGGUGCAAAGGACAUGCCAUUACAUGUAAAAAACGAUUUGGGCCACUCAUGUUCUAUCGUGUUUUAUUUCAGCACCUUGACUUCAGGAAACACAUGAAAGCAGACACAAUCACCACAGAAUGGCAGCCUCCAGAGGUACCAAUCUCUUGUAACCCUCAUUCAACUGACUUAUUACCACAUUCCUAAAAUACCAUGUAGGCCUAAAUACUGAAAUAUUUGACUGUAUAAUAGUGCAUUACCAUGGUUUUAAUAUUGUGUUAACAUGGUAUUAAUAGUGCGUUACCAUGGUAUUAAUAGUGCGUUACCAUGGUAUUAAUAGUGCGUUACCAUGGUAUUAAUAGUGCGUUACCAUUGUAAUAAUAGUGCGUUACCAUGGUAUUAAUAUUGCGUUACCAUGGUAUUAAUAAUGUGUUAUCAUGGCAAUUGCAGUGUGUUACCAUGGUAUUUGUGUCCAGGUGAUAGAGAAGUACCUGUCAGGUGGGAUGUGUGGGUACGACCGUGAGGGAAGCCCCAUCUGGUGGGAUGUCAUCGGCCCCGUGGACCCCAAGGGACUCUUCCUCUCAGCGUCUAAACAGGACUUCAUCAAGUCUAAGAUCAGAGACUGUGAGAUUCUGCAGAAGGAGUGUGAGCUGCAGUCUGAGCGGGUAUGAGAGGGUUUCAUUCAUAUGUGGAGGGCCUGGAGUUGUUCCUGAACAUACAGUAUGCCCUGAUCAGGACAAACUCCUGGCACUAACCUUACUGAGAUUAGAUACAAACUCCUGGCACUAACCUUACUGAGAUUAGAUACAAACUCCUGGCACUAACCUUACUGAGAUUAGAUACCACUAAUGAAGUGUUCCUGUCUAGAAUCUUUGUCAUCCAGAUAUGAGAUGAUUUGAUUUGAGAUGAUACUUUGAUACUCUCUCCAUUGCGCUCUCUUUCAAUCUCUCUUUCUCUCUCUCUCCUCUCUCUCCUUCCAUCUUUCUCUCUCUUCAUUUGUCUAUGUCUCUCUCUCUCUCUCUCUCUCUCUCUCUCUCUCUCCUUCCAUCUCUCUCUCUCUCUUCCUUUGUCUAUGUCUCUCUCUCUCUCUCUCCUUCCAUCUCUCUCUCUCUCCUUUGUCUAUGUCUCUCUCUCUCUCUCCUUUCAUCUCUCUCUCUCUCCUUUGUCUAUGUCUCUCUCUCUCUCUCUCCUUCCAUCUCUCUCUCUCCGUUGUCUAUGUUUCUCUCUCUGCUGUAGUUGGGGAGACAUGUAGAAGCCAUCACUAUGAUCUAUGACUGUGAUGGUCUGGGUCUCAAACAUUUGUGGAAGCCUGCCAUCGAGACUUACGGAGAGGUACACGCACGCACGCACGCACACACACACACACACACACACACACACACACACACACACACACACACACACACACACACACACACACACACACACACACACACACACACACACACACACACACACACACUGUUCUGCUGAAUCCAGAGUGGGAAUGUGAUGUGAUGAUACUGUGUGAUCAUUGUGUUGUUGUUGUACCUCUACAGAUCCUGACCAUGUUUGAAGACAACUACCCAGAGGGCCUCAAGAGACUGUUUGUCAUCAAAGGUAAGUUUCAUCACCACUAGCACAGGGGUUUUCAAACCUCUCCUCGGGGACCCCCAGCCGUUCCAGGUAUUUGAACUAUUUCUAGAGCUGGCAUACCUGAAUCAACUUGUCAACUAAUCAUCAAGCCCUUGAUUAUGUGACUCGGGUGAGAAAGUUCAGGGCUACAACAAAAUUCUGAAACGUCUUAGUAUCACUGUGGUAAACCUACCUGUGUUGUGUGUCUCACAUCUCUUAAACCUGUAUUAGACACCAGUGUAUCGCACCAUACUGUCGUUUACAUGGCCUUUUCUCUUCUCCACCUCUCCUCAGCCCCCAAGCUCUUCCCUGUGGCUUACAACCUCAUCAAGCACUUCCUGAGUGAGAUCACCCGCAACAAGAUCAUCAUCCUGGGGGGUGAGACACUUCCUUAUCGGAAUGUUUCCAUAAAUAUAUACUGUUCUAGAAUGCUGAGUAUAGAAUUGUCAGCUCUAUCUAUUACAUUUCUAUUAGCAACACUCCAUAGGUUGUGAAUACAUACAGUAUGUACAGUGCUAUGAAAAAGUAUUUUCCCCCUUUCUAAUUUUCUCUACUUUUGCAUAUUUGUGAUACUGAAUGUUAUCAGAUCUUCAACCAAAACCUAAUAUUAUAUAUAUAAAGUAUAAUUGAGAUGUUGUGGCAGGACUUGAAACGAGCAAUUCAUGCUUGAAAAACCACACGUCACUGAGUUAAAGCAGUUCUGCAUGGAAGAGUGGGCCAAAAUUCCUCCACAGCGACGGGAGAGACUGAUCAACAACUACAGGAAGCAUUUGGUUGUAGUCAUUGCAGCUAAAGGUGGCACAACCAGUUAUUGAGUGUAAGGGGGCAAUUACUUUUUCACACAGGGGAAUUGGGUGUUGCAUAACUUUGUUUAUGAAAUAAAUAUGUCAUUGUUGUGUUAUUUGUUCACUUAUGUUCCCUUUAUCUAAUAUUAGGUUUUGGUUGAAGAUCUGAUAACAUUCAGUAUCACAAAUAUGCAAAAGUAGAGAAAAUUAGAAAGGGGGCAAAUACGUUUUCAUAGCACUGUAUAUGGUUGCAGCGUCCUGAACUCUACCCAGCUUAACCCUACAUGUAGAUGAAGGUUAUGAAUGUACUAACUGUUAGCCUCUCUGGAUAAGCUUCUGCUAAAUGACUGAAAUGUAAAAUGGUAACAUCAUUCUCUCUCUCUCUCCUCACCCGUGUGUUGUGCAGCCAACUGGCAGGAGGUGUUGAUGAACUACAUAGACCCGGAGCAGCUUCCUGCCGCGUACGGAGGGAAACUCACCGACCCUGACGGGGACCCUCGCUGUAGGAACAAGGUGAGCUCACACCACCAGGAAGUGGGACGCUUUUUUAAUGAGGGGGUCAUGACCCCCGUUCUCAUGUUGCCACAGCUGAAAUGAUAGGCUGGAGAGUUCAAUGCUGUACUCAUUGCUGCUCUUAAGUCGUUUUUUUUGCGCUUUUUGUUUUUCGUACAUGGCGACUACAUUUCUGACUAGCAGUUUCAGCAUUUAGUAGUUUCUCCACACCUGCCUUAGUAGGAAGGACUCCAAAUGCAGCAUACUAGACACCAGGCGGUGAGAUGAGAGCAGCUUUGCUUUGCUGCCUGUGACCGACCACAAGAUGCAGGAGGUAGGACUACUGUUCCUAAGCAACAUGCUGCUGCCAGUGGGGCUAGAUGAGGAGUCUCUGCCGGACAGUUGAACUCCUUAUGGGUGAUCCGAUGAGAUUGUGGACUGUACAGCAUCAAGAAACGAUUUACAACCAGCCUUGACAGGCUCUUAAUUCCUUCUGGUCACUGAGAUGUUAAAAGAGCUCCAGAUGGUUUCCUCCUGGUCUGCUUCAACAGGUAUAGUCCGAUGGUGAUUAGGUAUUUCUGUUAGACAAUGUCGCUAUCGUGGAUCUCCUUCUUCUUGCUCUACAGUUCAGUCCUGCCUUUUCACCUAGGACCUCGCUGCUGGCCACCACCCCCAAUGGCCCUCUAGUCAUCUUCAUGCCAAUAGAUGCAGUUGUUAGUCUGGUCUAG